AUGUUUCCAGAGCCUUGCUAUAUUGUUAAAAUGGAAAAACGUGUAUUAAAAUUUGAAUUUGAUGUCGGUUCAUCGUCUCGUUCGGCAUCGGUUCCCGGUCGUGAAGAUCUGGGCAAAGCUGUAGCCAUGGUCCAACGUGAACGCGAUCGGGAUGGUAAAGAAAAAGAAGAGUUACGACAUUUAAACGAUCGUUUUUCACAUUUUCUUGCCAAUAUUGAACAAUUAAAACGUAUUAAUGAAAAUUUACAACAACAGUUGAAAGAUGAAUUUUCUAAAUGGGGCAUUUUACCACGUGACGAAAAUGAAUUACGCUCUGUUAUCAUUCAAAUAAAUGAUCGUGCUAUAAAACGUGCCAAUGAUGAAGUGAAAACACGGGCAUGCGAACAAGAAACAGCUGUGUUAAAUCGUGCAAGUGGUCUUUACGGAAAUAUACAAGAGAUGUAUAGACGAAAACAAGAAAAUUUACGAAAUAUGAUUGAAAAAUUACAAGAAGAAUUACAACGUAUUAUACCACGAGAAAAAUCGUCAGAAGAAGAAAUAUCAUCUACACGAGAUGAGUUACAUAAAGAAUUAAAUAAAUUUCGAGAAAGAUUAAACGAUUGGCUAAAAAUUGUCGUUGAUAAACAGACAUUACUGGAUGAUAUUCAAUCAUUACGUGAACGAAUGAAUUUAACAAAUGCAUUAAAUGAUGAAGAAAUCAAUGAAUGGAAACGUUUAUUAGAUCAAAGUAAAGAUGAUUCUGUUAUGUUUUAUAAAGAAGAAUUAACAAAUGCUAUUCGUGAUAUAAAACGUGAUUAUAGUAAACAAGCAAAAAAAUUUCAAGAUGAAUUAGAGUAUCAAAUUGAGGGUCAAUUGCGAUUAGUCGAAAAUCAAUUGAAACAACAGAUGCCUUCUGGUGAUGGAAAACAACAAGAUGCAGAAAAAAAUCGUUUGAUGUUAGAAGAGUCAAAAUUGCGUACAUCAAUGGAAGAAUAUGACAAAGAACAAAUGAAACUGAAUGAUUUAACAAAAUUAUUAUCAGAAAAAAAACGUUUGUUAAGAGAUGAAGAAACAAAAUUACAUGAAUUAGAAAGAAAAAUACGUGAUAAACAAUUCCAUGAACGUUCAAUAACUGAUAGAUUAAAAUCUGAAUAUGAAGGUUUAAGACAAAAGUUUGAACAGAUGGCAUUCGAAUUACGUUUUAGUAUUGAAGAUGAAUUAAGAAUAUAUUCAAGAUUAUUAGAUGAAUUAAUGAAGAAAUCAAAUGCAACAAUAUCAUCAGCUACGGCAGUAUUAGGUAGUGGAGGAGGUAAUCCUUCAGCAUCAAAUUAUACCUACACAACAUCGUCAGUGAUACGAUCCGGUGGUGUUGAAGGAAAUACAGGUGGUGUGCAAAGUAGUUUUCACAGUGGUACUCCAUUAACGACAAGCACAGAUGUAUUUCGUACACGUAGUUCAGAUUAUAAUAAUCUUUCAUCGACAAUACCAUUACCAUCGACGGCGGCAAGUAAUACAACAUCGCACCAUUACGAAAGUAUGUCUGGUGGCCUUAGUGGAUGGUCAGGUAUAGGUAGUGAUUUAACGGGCUUACAUCAAUCGUCAUCGUCAUGGCGUGAUGAACAUCAAUCAGAUGGAAAUUAUCGUUCACCACUUGAAGCCGAAGUUAUUGAAACAUAUGAUGAUAGUGCGAUAACGAAAGCACAAUUUACUUAA